UAUUUUUACAGUUAUGCAUACUUCAGCAAGUUUGGCAUUAAAUGAGGUAAGAGCAAAUUUACUAUUUGUGCUAUGAACUUGAUCAAGAUUAUCAAGAAUCCAUUUAUGGCCAAGUGGAUGAAACCAUUGAACACUGGUCCUGGUUACACAUUUAACCAAUGGGCUAGCUGCAUGAAGUUUUCUAAGCUUUUUUUGCAUGUCUAACACCUAAACAGGAGACAAGUUUCCCACAGAAAGUUCUCUCAAGAGGUGCACAAGAGCAAUCUGCCAAAGGAUGUGCUCCUUGGCAGAUUGCCCUUGUGUUUUGCCUUAUCCCAUACAACAACAAAAUUGUCAAAUGUUAAAGUGUAUAAAAAUUGUUGACAUGUCAAGAUUAGAUAUGAUUUCUCUAUUAGAUAUAUGAAAUUUUCAUUUAACUUAAUUAAUAUGACAUACAAAAAAAUUUAACCAAUCAUUUUCUAUGUUGGAGUAUUGUGUAGAAAAUCAAGUUUUUUUUAUACUGUCAAACCAGGAUUGAAGGAAUAAUAAUUGAAAUUGAACAAUGUAACAUAGAUAGCAAAUAUUUUAGACAUUUGUCAGAAAAAACUGGCAGCCAUACUGAAGAGGAAAGGAAAGCUUGAAAUACAUUUAUGGCCAUACUUAUGAGUAUUUUGAAAUAAAAUUAAUGAUUUACCAGGACAAGUGUUGGUUAGUAGAUCUCAAAAUGCAAUUGGUUUUAUUUACACCAUUAUUUUCUAGGAAUUAUCACAUCCACAGACUCCACUAUUGUGUGUUGUCAUUUCAUAUUGCCUUAAUGUUGUCUUUCUAUAAUACUUGUUUCCUAAACUUAGUAAGUAAAGUAAUUCAAAACAAAGUUGGGCAGAGAAAUACAGCAAAGAUGAAAUAUACUGUGAAAUCUGUUUUGUAGUGGUGUCUAUCAGAUGUAAGAGUUCCAGGCUUGCAUGCUCGUAUGCCAAUACAUGCAAACAUCAAGAGUCUUGUUGUACAGUAUUAUCAAAGCAACAAUUAUGCCUCGCAUCUGGAUCUGCUGAUGUUGGUAGUUUAUCAUUUACUGCACAUGAUAAAGAAAAAUAUUCUAAAUCAUCCAUCUUAUCAACAACAGCUUCUGCAAUUACAUUGUAUGAUGUAUGAGUGUCGAAAUCAACUGCUGAACUGAUUUGGACUUUGAAAGCAAUUGCAUGUAACUUUUCAGCAGCUUCAUGUAAAGGAAUUUUUGAUAUGUUCUGCAAAAUGAUUCCAGGAUCAGUUCCUGAAAUUUGUUCAAUGAGCCAAAAGAAAUUUCACUAUAUUGUGACAGAUGUCUUGGCUCCCUAUUUCAAAAAGCAAUUGCAAGAGGACAUUGGUGAUACUUAUUAUAUCCCGUGGUAUGACAAGACCACAAAUGCUGCUGGAUCAAAAGAACUGUAAGAAUGUAUAUGAUAUUGGUCUGACAAAGAGAACAAAGUUGUAAGUCAUUGUCUUGAGAUAUUUUUUUAUGGGUCAUGCUACAAGAGAUGAAAUAUUCAAAAAGCUCAUUUUUACACUUGAAAAUUCAAAUUUGUCAAUACAUAAGCUCAUUCAAUCAUCACUUCCUACAUCAAUGAUGCUGGGAAGUGAUGAAUCUAUCAUAAAUAAGAUUUGUCAGCUCAGGAAUAAAGAGGUGGCUGCACUUCAUAAGAAGAAACUUGUAGAUAUUGGAUUUUGCAAUGUGCACAUUUUGCACAAUGCAUUUCAAAAAGGUCUUUCAAAGUUUGGUGAAGAUGGGUGUGAUCUAAGUCAUUAUAUUUCAAAACAUUUUCUUUCUGGUGACUUGAAGUUUUCAAAUGUUUUCAAGGUAGUCAAGGCAUCUUUAGCAUUAGCACAUAGAAAUGCAGACAUUGAGAGGAAUUUCUCUAUAUCUAGCAAGUUUUUACAAGUGAUCAAUCUUGCUUGUCAGAAAGAACUGUGAAUUCCAUAAUGAUUGUCAAAGAUACUCUGAAAUUGUACAGAACAAUACAAUUUUGGUACCAAUCACAAAAGAUUUGCUUUCUUUAGCUUGGCUAGCACAUACAUAUUAUCAGAUCAACCUUGAUGAGAAGUGAAAUGAAGAUGAGAAGCAGCAGAGGAAGGAAAAAGAAAAAUAGAUUGAACUGUCAAAAUUGCAAGCCCAAAUUGAAAAAGAGCAGAAAAACCUGAAAAAAGAUGAGCAAAAGUUAAAAUAAAUCAGAAAAGAAGAGGAGAAAAAGCAUGUUAGUGCUGGGAAAAUGUUAGAAUUGGCAACUGAUAGGCUCAAGAAAGCAUUGAAAAACUGAAAUUUUUAGGAAGUUGAAUUAGCUCAAGCACAUUGAUAGAAUUUCAAAAUAUAUGGAAAGAAGAAGAAACUCAGAGAAAGCAAGCUGAAGACCUUCAAAAAACUGUAGAGAAGAGGAAGUCUGCUUUAAUUACCUCAUACAUGGCUAAAAUACCAAAGACUUAACCCCUUUGUGAUUUAUAAAAGGUGAUCAUAUACAGUAGACCCCCCCUAUAACGCGGUAGAUACGUUUCUCGUUAUACGAAUUUCGCGUUGUAGGAAUCCUUAAAUACACAAGCCAAUCGCAGCCCGACACGUGUGAAG